CGUGAUCUUCAGUAAGUGCAGUAGUUUCGGCCCCUGGUUUGUAGCGGAAUGGAGGACCUCUACUCCAGUCAAAUGCAAAAGGAGAAGCCUGUUUCGCAUUCCCAGGACCGCGUCUCUCCCGCAACACCAAAAGCAGAAGGUGAGAUUCCAGAGACAAAAGCAGAGGAGACUGGAAAUGUUCAAGAACUGGAAGAAUGGAAGAACAAGGUUCAGCAAGCUGAAAAACAAAAGGCAGAGUUGCUUUUGUUAAAACUUGCUGCAGAUGAGGAGAAACGGAAAUGGCAAGAGGAUCUGAGGGGUAUAGAAGAUAAGCUUGCUAAGGAAAGAAAGGAAGUUCAGGAAAAUCAUCAGAGGAAUCUUUCUAUGAUAAAUGAACAAAAUAAUUUUUUGAGAAAGAAGAUACAAUUACUUGAAGACAAACUUGCCGUAAAAAAGGCAAAAUGUAAAGCACUUGCUCAGAGAUACAAGGUUAAAAAAUUCAUACCCGAGACAAAAGUGAAAUUUACACACCUGGAGAAAGUUGAGAAUGAAGAGAUGCAUAAGAACAUUUGCUGCUUUUUUACUGCCUCCACAACCUUCCCAUUCAGACUGAACAAAGGCGAAGCUCUUAUCACAUUUGAAGAAGAAAAUGUUGCACAGGAGCUGCUUCAAAAGUCGCAUCAUGUUGUGAACUUGGAGAAUGCAGAGACAAUUGUGACAGCCCGCCCUGUUGAACUGGAGGUGGGAAUAGCAUUUCAGCUCCAUGUUAAGAUUUCCCAAAGGAAGAUUAAUGUUUAUAACAUCCCUAAGCUACUAAUCUCUGAUGACUGGGUCAAAGACAAGUUGGAACUGAAUUUCUAUAAAACUAAGAGGGGAGGAGGAGAAGUCCAGGAUGUGACAUAUGACAGACAGUCCAAAAUGGCCCUCAUUACAUUUGCUCAGCCUGGAGUUGCUAACAACAUUGUGAAAUGGGCAGAGUACCCUUUCUGUACAGGUGAACAGACUUAUAUGGUUACCAUUUCCCCUGUUGUAGAAAAGUACCUGGAAAGAUUUGAGAUGUUUUCAGGAAUAUGCAAGAGGACGUUAUUGUUGACAGAGAUUCAGAAUGUGGCAGAAGAUGAAGAGAGCAUGCAGGAUUUGAUAGCAAUCCACUUCCAGAAACCCAGUAAUGGGGGUGGGGAAGUUGAAUUCAUCAAAUACGUUUCAGAAGGAACCAAAGUUGCUUACUUCAAGACAGAUACGGAGAACUUCAUAUGAUAGACAGUGGCUGAACCCUACCUCAACUUCACAUUCUACCAAGGGUUUCAUAGAACUACUUUAAAUAUUUCACAAUGUUGACUAUUUUCCCUUGGCAGUGUGCCUUUUUGUUCUAACACAGAUAGAAAUGUUUAUAAUCCAGCUUGCAGUUCGUCAUGACUAAGUCUCUGAGAAAGCAAGAGGGCUCAUAAUGAGCUUGUUCCUUUUGGCUACACAAUGGCUUACUUGUGGCUAACUGCAGUGGCAUUGCAAAUGUACAAAAGAUGAUAUGCUACAUGUAAUAAUUGAGAGAGAUACUUUAUGAUCUGCGAGUUUCUGAGCAUGACAGUCUGCAAACAAUAACUUCGGCCUCUGUUUAUUACAUCACUUUAGCCAAAGUUCAGUCACAUCUUGUUGACAUAAGUUUACAGGUUAGUGCUACAUGUACGCAGGCAUCAUGGAAAUGAUCUAGAGGGCUGUAAGUAGCAAUUUUGUACAUGCUUCCUGGAAGUUUCUCAGUCUCCUUUUCCUAUCUUUAUGUUCCUUAUGAAACCCACUAGUAGUACAUGUGAGGAAGUAUUUGAAUUCAUUCUUAAGACUUGUUCAGUCUCUCCCCACAUACAUACAAUACAUUUUAUUCUACAUGAUGUCAUUAAUACACAGUCAAGGUUCUUGAAAACUUUAAUCAUAUAUGUAGAAUAUAGGACUUGCCAUUCACUUCUGCCGUGUACUGUCUUGGGAAUUAAACGCAAUUCAAUUUUGAGGAAAUGAAUGUCUCAGACCUUUCCUGUGAUGCUUGGAGCAAUGGGGAUAUGCAGUUCUUUCGGUUUAGGUUUGGUGAUGGUCUCUAGAAUAUUUUACUCACCCACCCACCUCAGAUCUUGAACUUUGGCUAUAAUGGCCUUAUGUUUUUCUGCCAAGAGUUUUUCCUGUGAUGAGUAAAUGAGGCAAAUCUCUUUGAACUUUGUUCUUCCCAAUAAACAUUUUAUUUAAAUAUUUAUU